UCCAUUUCUCACUGGAUCCACUAAAACCGAACAGAACAGCAGAGAAAACAAGUUCAAGAGAUUUUUUAUUAUUUUUACUAUUUUUAUUUUCUCAGAUAUUUUAUUUUCCGGGAAAUUUGAUUUAAAGAGAAAGAAAGGAAAAGAAAAUGGCGUUUAGCAUGACUCACCAGAUCGGGAGCCUCGCCGGGGCUCCGGUGCUGUCGGAUUCCACGUCGGGAGAGUCCGCGGCGACGAUGAGCGCGACGGCGGUUUGGAAGUCGCCGGCGGCGAGUCUACGUUGCAAGGUGAGGAGGUCGGACGGAACGUACGCGGACGGGUUAUCGCCACCGCUGAGCCCGUGCAGGUCGCCGGUGCUGGGAGGAAUCCGGCCGGAUCUGUCGGUGGCGUGCCAGGCGUUCGCGACUGAGGCUGCGACGGCGACGGAGGAAGAAAAUGAGUACGGAGUUGGAGCUAAGGGGAAGGUGGAGGGGACAGGAGUGCCGGUUUAUGUGAUGAUGCCGUUGGAUAGCGUGACGAUGGGGAACGGUGUGAACAGGAAGAAGGCGGUGAACGCGGCGAUGGCGGCACUGAAGAGCGCCGGUGUGGAAGGGGUGAUGAUGGACGUGUGGUGGGGACUGGUGGAGAGGGACUCGCCGGGAAACUAUAACUUUGGCGGUUACGCUGAGCUGUUAGAAAUGGCGAAGAGGCAUGGCCUCAAGGUUCAAGCGGUUAUGUCCUUCCACCAAUGUGGCGGUAACGUCGGUGACUCUUGCACUAUUCCCUUGCCCAAAUGGGUUGUGGAGGAAAUUGACAAAGAUUCCGAUCUAGCAUAUACUGAUCAAUGGGGAAGAAGAAACUAUGAAUAUAUAUCACUUGGAUGUGAUACUUUGCCAGUACUCAAGGGCCGAACACCAGUUCAAUGUUAUGCUGAUUUCAUGCGAGCUUUCAGAGACAAUUUCAAACACCUUCUUGGUGACACUAUUGUGGAAAUCCAAGUUGGGAUGGGACCAGCUGGUGAACUGCGUUACCCUUCAUACCCAGAGCAAAAUGGGACAUGGAAAUUCCCAGGAAUUGGUGCUUUCCAAUGCUUUGACAAGUAUAUGUUGAGUAGCUUAAAAGCUGCUGCUGAAGCUCAGGGUAAGCAAGAAUGGGGAAGCACAGGCCCUACUGAUGCUGGCCACUAUAACAACUGGCCAGAAGACACACAAUUUUUCCGCAAAGAAGGUGGAGGCUGGGAUGGUCCAUAUGGCGAAUUUUUCCUCACCUGGUACUCUCAGAUGCUGUUGGACCAUGGUGAGAGGAUUCUCUCAUCAGCCAAGUCAAUCUUUGAUAACUCUGGUGUUAAGAUAUCAGUGAAGGUUGCUGGUAUUCACUGGCACUAUGGUACUAGGUCUCAUGCUCCAGAGCUCACAGCAGGAUAUUAUAACACCCGUUUCCGUGAUGGUUACCUCCCUAUUGCUCAAAUGCUGGCUCGCCAUGGUGCUAUUUUCAAUUUCACGUGUAUUGAGAUGCGUGAUCACGAGCAGCCACAAGAUGCUCUUUGUGCACCCGAGAAGCUCGUGAAGCAAGUGGCUUUAGCUACGAAGAAGGCACAGGUCCCACUUGCUGGUGAAAAUGCAUUGCCACGGUAUGAUGACUAUGCACAUGAGCAGAUAAUAAAGGCAUCACAGUUGAAUGUUGAUGAUGGUAACCCAGAUGACACAGAGAUGUGUGCAUUCACAUACCUGAGGAUGAACCAGCAAUUGUUUCAACCAGAUAACUGGAGGAAAUUUGUGGCAUUUGUGAAGAAGAUGAAGGAAGGGAAAAGUACCCAUAAGUGUUGGGAGCAGGUGGAGAGGGAAGCCGAGCAUUUCGUGCAUGUUACCCAGCCUCUAGUUCAAGAGGCUGCUGUUGCACUCUGAUGCACCAAGAAUUGUUGGAGUUCUAUUAUGUUAGUAGGGCUUAGGAAACAGUCACGAGUAGGCCCUGAAAGUUUUAGUGAACCAGAAGCCUAGAUUUGUGGCCAUGAGUAUGUAUAAUUCUGUAUUAUAUUGUUGUAUUCUACAACUUCCUGUUAUUUUAAUCUAAAACUUUUAUUUAUUGCCCUU